GUGCGAGCGACAUUGCGUACAAGGUUCUCUGGCCGACCACGCAGGGACCUCGGGAUGGCUGCGCUGCACCGAAUGCUACACGUUUCAACCCUGGUGUCGGGGGCGCGCCGGGCCUUGGCUGGUUCCCUGGCCGGUAGUUCCCUGGCUGAUCGCUGCCUCUGGGAUCGGCUGCAUGCCCGUCCACGUCUGGACAGUGUCCCCACCUUCGACUGGUUCUUUGGAUAUGAAGAAGUCCAGCCGCUCCUACUGCCACUGCUGCAGGAGGCUCAAACUGCCUUACCGGUUCGAGUGCUGGAUGUGGGCUGUGGAACCUCUAGCCUGUCUACAGGCCUCUACACCAAGUCCCCAUACCCAGUGAACAUUUUAGGGGUGGACUUCUCUCCAGUGGCUGUGGCUCACAUGAACAGCCUCCUGGAGGGUGGUCAAGGCCAAACACCUUUAUGUCCUGGGCAUCCUGCUUCCCGCCUCCACUUCAUGCAGGCUGAUGCCCAGAACCUGGCACCUGUGGCUCCCCCAGGUUCCUUCCAGUUGCUACUGGACAAGGGCACCUGGGAUUCUGUUGCCCGGGGUGGUCUCUCAGGGGCUUACCAAGUGCUGUCAGAAUGCUUGAGGGUCCUAAGCCCUCAGGGGACCCUGAUUCAGUUUUCAGAUGAAGAUCCUGAUGUGCGGCUGCCCUGCUUGGAGCAAGGGUCCAGCGGCUGGACUGUGACAGUGCAGGAGCUAGGCCCUUUCAGGGGCAUCACCUACUUUGCUUACUUGGUUCAGGGCUCUCAUUAAAGGCAUUUUAGUCCUGUCCCUAGUAGCUCUAUUGGGCAAGGAGAAAGUUGAAGAGAGCUGUAUCUAAGAUAAUAGAUUAUUGGAAAAUGAAAAUCAGUUCUGGUUUAGCAGCUGGAUACACAUUGUUUCAGCAUCCUAGUUUACUUCAUCUGCACAGUGGCACGAAUGCUUGGAGUUACAAAGAUGUAAUAACAUGAAACAGUGCUAGGCACAAGAUGAGUGCUGGAAAGAGGACAUACAACUGGCUUGUUCCCCAUUUCAAUUAACUGGAGCACCUAAAAGCAGCAGAUAGGUACUGGGUCCAAAUCCCAGUAUUAACUGACGUGUGAUCCAGUGGCCUGACCUCACCCGUGUAAGGGGAUGAUGACUGAGGAUGGGUGGAAGGGCAUCAUAAACGUAGGCAUGAUGUUCGAGGGAGAAAGAACAGCACUUAACCCUGAAAGUUACAGGGAGGCAGGAGAUGGGAAUAGUUCACAAGUCUGCUUCUACAGACAGUGGGAGUGUUGCUCCAUCCCAAAGAGGACUGGGGUUGGAUUCCUGAUAACAGUCUCAGGAAUCCAGGAGACAUCUCGUGCUUGCUCCUGCCCCCAGCUGAAAUUGGACUUAAAGGUUCUAAAGGAAGAUCUGGGUUCCUAUGGGCUCCAAGCCUAGCCUGGGAGGGGGUUAAAGAGCUCAUUAACAGUGAAAAAUAUUCCUGACAUUAAAAUUUUAAAAGAUUAUGAAAAGUUAA